UGGCUCGAGUUAUUUUCAAGCUAAAAUCCUAAUUACAUUCACUUCUAGUAAGCUCAAAAUUGCCUUCAUCGCUCACGGACCGGUGCCGAGUAUGUUGUGCCAUUUGUGCCAGUUGUGUCCCGCCAAGCCCGCAAGUGCUGGCCAGUAAAUGGUUCGAAGACGCGCGGGUAGACAAAAAUGUUAGCACGGAAAAUGGGGCAGUGCAACGCGUAGAGCAAAGCAAGGGAUCAUAAGCGCACAAGAAUUUUACGCGAUAAAUGGUGUAGCGGACACAGCGAAUCAUGGAUUCACGGUUCUCGCCAGCAUCGGCUGGUGGGAGUUUGAAAAUCAUCAACAUCGGAGCCAGUACCAGCGCCAGCGGUAGUGGCGGUGGGGGUCGGGUGGUGCACAGCACCGCAACGAUUGCCCGGGACUCGUUCCCGCACCAACCGGGCGGACAAACAUUUACGAUUGCGAACGAACCGAUCCUGCUGCAAUUACACGACGGUAAACAGUAUCUCGUUGACGAGAGUUCGAUCAGCAACAUCGAUCAGAUGCCACCGGAGAACCUGAUCUACAUGAACCCGACGACGACAGCCGCCGCCACCGCCGUCAUUGACGGUGGCGAUGGAUCGUUCGAAACAACAGAGGAGCAACUGGUCCAACUGGUAGCUUGCGAAGAAAUGACGGAAACCAGUAGGCCGUUGCAAUCAAAUGAUAGUCCUGGUGGCAACGGCAACCAGGAGCAGCAGCAACAGUAUAAAGAGUGUGAGGAAUUGGUGAUGGAAGAAGUGAUCACCGAUGAUUGGGUGCAAUCGCAGGACGACGAGUGCGUGACGGUGUCUAUAGAUCAACUUGGUGGCAGUACCGUUGGCGGUGGAGCACCGCUAGAGGACGAUAUUUCCGUUCCGCUCGAUCAAGACAAGUACACACUGUCGCGGCCGUUUCCCUGUGAUUUCUGCAGCCGUCGGUUCCGGAAAAUGAGCAGCCUGGAACAACAUCUGCUUUGCCAUUCGAACGUGCGGCUGCACACUUGCAAUCUGUGCAACACGCACUUCGAGAAGCGCAGUGAUUUGACGGCCCAUUUGCAGCAGCACGCGUUUCUGUCCAACGAAAACGAUGAAUCGUUUACGAGUGACCACGGGGGUGACUACGAUACGAUAAUCGCACGCGCUAACCAGCAAUACCGAUCGCAUCGUUCGAGCGAUGAUGAUGACACCGCAAUGUACAUCGAAAAUGCCGGAAUGGGCUACAACGCUCAGCCACCAAUGCAGCUCAUAUCGACAUCGCCAGCCUACGGUAGCACGCAUGCUAGCCCGAACCGUUCGCUUUUGCAUGGUGCGGGGCCUUCGACAACGGGCCCCAGCAAAUCCUUCACCGACCAGCAAUCCCUUCGUUCCAAACAGGCCAGAUCGCCUCGUUCAGGGCGUUCGGCUCGUCCGUAUAUUAAGCAGGAACCUGGCACUACUCUCCCUUCCUAUCCAACCCAAGACAACGUAUCACCGAGCGUUCCCUUCCCGGUGAAGGAUCCACGCAAACCAUUCGUGUGCCAACAGUGCGGUGUGGGGUUUGCGCGAGAAAAGGCACUCGAUUCGCAUGCACGCAUUCACGGCGGUGAAUCGAAGAUUGAGUGCAGCAUGUGUGGGGAAAUGUUCUGGAAUCGGACGCAGUUGCAGUCACACGUACGCCAGCGACAUCCGGAGGGAGAACAGAAAGGUACAAGGAAACGCAAGGCACCCGCUGUAGCAACACACAACACGAAAGCAUCUACCUCCUCUGCAGCAUCGCGAGGACAUGCGUUUGAUAUCGAUGCGCCACAGGCUGAUGAUUUCGAUCUGCUUCUGGACCCUCAAUAUGACUGUGAUAACUGCGGUGCGUCAUUUGCCCAGCCGGAUCGCCUGAAACGGCACAUCCAGCAGAUGCACGGAUUGGCUCCAAUCGGAUACGAUGCGUCAAACGUAAAGCAGGAAGUGAAUGUCGAUACAUCGACCGGAUACGACUACCAACAGCAGCCCGAGGAGGAUGAUGAGGAGGAAAUGGAUUCGGAUGAUGAUUACAGUGAGGACAGAACAAUGGCUCUGGACAAGUCUUCCGUAUAUGAAGGCCAGCUAUCGGCGCUUGAAACUGAGCUAGCAGUGCCGAUCAAAUGUCAAUUGUGCGGCGAAACGUUCCAAAGCGACCACGAAAUCAAACAGCAUCUGCAGGAACAGCAUAUGGAGCAGCUGACGCCGACAUCGUGCAUGAUUUGCGGCAAACGGUGCACAAAUCAAGCUUCUCUCAUAAAACACUCCUGGGACCAUUCGCGCGUCCGCAGGCACUGUUGCCCGCAGUGUGACAAAACGUUCCACCACAAGGCGCGGCUGAAGCGCCACAUGGAAUCGCACCGCAACAAGUCGGUCAAGUGUGAGCAGUGUGGGGAAAGCUUCCCCGACGGACGCAGUCUGAUGAACCACCGGCAUUCACACACCAAAUCAAGCAAAUUUCCGUGUACCGAGUGUGGCAAAACGUUUGGUUCGCGAUCCUCUCAGCAGAUACACAUUCGCAUUCAUACGGGCGAGCGGCCGUACGCAUGUCGGUUCUGCUGGAAAGCGUUCGCCGACGGUGGUACGCUGCGCAAACACGAACGGAUCCAUACGGGCGAGAAACCGUACGGUUGUUCCGUCUGUACCAAGGCGUUCAAUCAGCGCGUUGUGCUUCGCGAGCAUAUCCGAGCCCAUCACUCGCAGAUCAAUAUCAAGCGAGGAACGACCGAACAGCCUUACUACUGUGACGCCUGUGGUGAUCUCUUUGUUACGUCGAACGAGCUCGUGCAGCAUCUCAUCGAGCACAGCGAUAAGAUAACCGCGGACAAACGAAAGCCACAGAUCUUCCCGCGUAAGUACAAACGGCGUCGGAAACUGAAACCGCAAGAGCUGGAACGGUUACAGAGCGGCAGACGCAAGAAAAAAUCUUCGACAGCCACCACCACCACCACUACCAACAGGAGCACUAGCCAGGAGGAGUUUGAUGAGGAUGAUGCGCAAGACGCAGCUACUGGGAAACGAUCACAAGUACCAGAGGAUAGUAAUGGGCGGUUCGAUCAUGACGAGGAUACUGACUCAAGCAUGGAACACCGUUCGGACACCACCAGUGCUAACAAUUCCCUGGACAAUGGCGACGGAUCGAUGAAAAUAUCUAGCGAACUGUUCCUAGGCUAUGGUGGUUCCGUUCAGAAAGUGAUUGCCUCACCGAAAUUCAUCUCGCCUUAUGAGUUGCUCGACAAUGCCCAAAAGGAAGCUGAUCAGUUGACCACUAAACCAUCAUCACACACGCUAGUGCCGGUACCGAAUGUUGGCGUGGAUGGAGAGAUGAUCAUCAUGGACGAUCACGGCAUUAACCUGCUAAGCGAAGUGGUGCUCGUCCAUGGAGUAAACAACAAUCAUGACGGGUCGAAAAAGGGGGGUACGGCGGAGGCGAAGCAACUGGCCCCUAGUUCUAUGUCACGAACGACAAGCAGCCACGUGAAAUCAAAACGUACCUCAUCAUCAUCGUCGACGUCGACGAAAGACAGCGGGAAUAAGAAACAGGUACACUCUUCUGUUUGCUCCCCAACCAAAGAUGGUUUCUCGUCCCCCUUCAAGAGUGUGACAGGGAAUGGAAAUCGUACUAUUCCAACCGCGACGGCGUCCGCUACGAACAGCAUGGCAACAUUUCCAGUCCUGGCGAGCAGCAUAUUGCAUGGCUCUCGCGUCCUGCCUUCGUAUGUUCGGGAAAUUUCGUCCUCUAGAAUCUCUUCCGGGAGUUUCCCUCUGCUAGACGAUGGCAAAAGUGCGCACGAUACACUGGAAGAUGAGGAGGCGCUGAUUGGCGAGCAAAGCAUCGAUCACGCGACGACGGAUGGACGAGGAGGUGCUGUUGGCAGUGAAGAGCGUCGCAGGCGGCGACGGCACUUUUCGUCGACAAGCAGUUGCUAUGACCACGGCACGGUACACGAUGAGGACGAGCUUACUGAACUGAAUCAAAGACUGCUGAGCGAGAUAUCAAACAGAGAUCGCUACACCGAUCGCUACAAUAGCGACAUCGUGAACGAUCUAGCGGAAAUACUGCGUUCGCCUGUUAAAACUGUGCCAAUCAACGAGCCACCACGCGACAUACUGGCCACACCGACUGCCCAGCGUGCCCUACACUUCUACGAUGGAAACCCCGCCGCAAAUGUUUCCAAUGUGGAUGCGCUACUACCCCUGGAUGACUUGAACCUGGAAACUGUGGAUGACGACAUUCAUCACACGUCGCGGGUUGAGAAGAGGAAAUCAGCCAAUCGUCGGCGUAACAACAGUAAGAACCCUCAAUCGUCAAAGCAACAAACGAAAAAAGCUUCGUCCCCGCUACGUAUUCCGCGGCUAACAAGGCGCCAGUUAGAGAAGGAGAUUAACUUUUUAAAGGAAGCUUUUGAAGGUGGCGAAUCCUCCACCACCGGCGUGACGGAUUCUCUGCCAGUCGAGACCGUUCGAAGACUUAGUAGAGAUAGUUUUGCCAUCGGUGAAGACAAAUCUUUGCAUCGGGUUCGACAGAACACUAAAACGAAUGCGUCCGUGGAGUUGGCCACAAUGCUGCUCAACGAUCAGAUUCCUACCACCAGCAAUAGCGUGCAGCAGCGUGGUGAAAAGCAGGGAAAGCAGGACUGCGCCGCGACCAUGGAUCGCAGUGCGGUUACCAUCGUCAAACAGGAGGCGGUCGAAUAUAGCGAUGACAAUGAUAACGACGACGAUAUGUUUGGUGGUUUUGCCUCCGACGUCGGGCAGGAAGCGAGCGAUGGCGAAUCGACGGACCUUCAAUCGGCUACUACCUCGUCGUUUGCCGGUUUUCGAUGCUCGAUUUGUGACGAGUGUUUCGAGGAGCGGAAACAACUUAUGCGACACGUUCAGCUGCACAUCUAAGCUCGUAGUGUCUGGCAUUACAUACAUUGUUAUACGUGUGUUCUCCACGUAAAGGAACUUAAAUUUGAACUGUUCAUUUGUACUUGCUAUUAACUAUUAUCGCGCAAGAAUACAAUAAAGCUGAAAAGGAGAUAGAUUCUCCU